AUGACACUUCCUACACUUCCAGACGAACUUAAAUUUAUCAAUGGUUUCCUUCAAAGAGCUCAAGAGUUAAGAAGUAGAGAGCCUGUUAUAGCUUAUUAUUGCAAUUUUUAUUCUGUAAAACUCGCUCUCGAAAGAGGAACAAAGAGUAAAGAAAGUAAAGCGUUUCUUGCUAGAUUGCUGGACGUCCUUGAAGAGGAAAAAAAAGCGCUUCAUGACAAUGAGGCUGCCGUGAACAAUGUUGUUGGUGAAGCGUAUGUGGAGAAUUUCGGGUUGAAAGUUUUCUUAAAUGCGGAUAACGAAGACAGGGCGGGAAAAGCUACAAAAAAAACUGCCAAAAACUUCUUGGCGGCUGCUGUCUUUUUAGAACUUCUCAAAGUAUUUGGACCACUUAACUCAGAAAUCGAAGAAAAAAUCAGAUAUGCAAAAUGGAAGGCGAAUGAUAUAGUCAAAGCGUUGAAAGAAGGACAAGUUCCGACACCUGGUCCUCCUGGGGGUGAACCUGCUUUACAACAGCCACCAAGAGAGGACUACGUUAAUCCAUCUGACAACUUCCCUAGUAUUGACCAAUUCCCUUCGGCACCUCUAAUGGUUGAAGAAUCAUUUCCUAGUAACCCUCCUCCACUUCCCCCACCAAUACCUGGGUACACCAGUGACACCUUACCUCCUUCAUCAUUUCCUAGUAAUCCUCCUCCUCCUCCUCCACUUCCCCCAUCAAUACCUGGGUACACCAGUGACACCUUACCUCCUUCAUCAUUUCCUAGUAAUCCUCCUCCUCCUCCUCUUCCACUUCCCCCAUCAAUACCUGGCGACAUUCGUCAUCAACCUCCUUCCUCAUUCCCCAGUAACCCUCCUCCACGUCCUCAAAAUUAUGUCCAGCCUUAUAGCUCUCCAACUUACCAACCAACGACACCGAGCUCAUUGCCUACCAGUCCACAGCAUGUUCGUCCUUACACUCAACUCGCACAUCAUUUCACUGAAAUUGAUCCUAAUAUCGUAGCUACUGCUCAGAAACAUUGUAAAUGGGCUAUUAGUGCGCUAAAUUACAACGAUAUUCCAACUGCUGUCGAAAAUAUGCACAAGGCAUUGGCAAUGUUGGAGCCUUAUAACCACUAA